AUGGCUGCUUGUAAAGAUUCCGCAGCUGCUUUCUCUCUGGAUGCGUACCAUGUCUCUGAGGAACUGGGCUUCAUUCUACCAGAGCCUCUGCAAGAUCUUCCACCUUAUUACACACCAUGGAUGGAUAUUGCCUAUCGAGUUCCAGAGCUUGUGCUCACACAUGAAUUGCGCUCACAUAUAAAUAAGAUGCCUAAUCUGAGUGUUGAGUUUCUGAAGAGGCAUCGAGAACUGCGACUAGCCCACCUGGCACUCGGUGUCAUGACAAUGGGAUAUGUUUGGCAGGAGGGUGAUAACGACCCAGUGAAGAUGCUGCCACGCACUCUGGCUGUUCCUUACUGGGAGCUGUCUCAACGCUUAGGACUUCCUCCAAUUCUCACCCAUGCUGAUGCGGUGCUGGCGAACUGGCGCAAGAAGGAUCCCGAGGGGCCUUUAGACAUCGAGAACUUGGAGCUGGUGGUUGGUAUCCCCGGGGGUGAAAGCGUGAAGGGCUUCUUCAUUGUCACUCUAAUGGUGGAGAGAGCUGCAAUUCCUGCUCUGAGGAGCAUUCCAAAAGUGAUCAAUGGUGUCAGAAGUGGGGAUAUUGAAGCUGUGGUUGAAGCCUUAGGAGACAUCAGCUACUCACUAAGCAACAUGGCGGAGAGUCUCAGACUAAUGCAUGUGCAUGUGGAUCCAUCGGUCUUCUACGGCACCAUGAGGAUCUUUUUGUCUGGGUGGAAGGACAACCCAUGUAUGCCGAAAGGUUUGGUUUACGAAGGUGUCCAGGCAAAACCGAUGGAAUAUUCUGGAGGUAGCGCCGCACAGAGCAGCCUACUUCACUGCUUCGAUGAGCUUCUGGGAGUUCAACACGAACCCAAAAGCGGUGGCUUUCUAACAUCCAUGAGGAACUAUAUGUUACCCGCUCACAAACAACUCAUCCAGGACAUCUCAUCGCAACCCUCUUUGAGGACUUUUGUGCAGCGGCAGGCCAACGAGCGGCUAACCGAGGCCUUUCAGGAAUGUAUUGGCAAACUGUUGGCUUUGCGCAGCUACCACAUUACCGUCGUUUCCCGCUUCAUCACCGUCCCCGCCGCGAAAGCCCGCCAACUACGGAGCCAGAGCCGGGACGCAGAAGAGUCGGUGCUCAGCAACGCGCCCGCCUCGCUGGAGGAACGGGGCACGGGUGGCACCGGCAUCAUGAGCUUCUUAAAAACUGUGAGGAAACAAACAAGAGACACCCUGCUGCCUGAGAUGAAGCACAACAGCUGA